AUGCCUUUGUUAAUAAGAUGUCUAAUCGUCGGUUCAGGCACUACCAUCAAUACAUCACUGAGUCCGACAAUCUUGGCAUUUCUUGGUGAAGCAUCUUCUGAAUGGCCCCAAAUUCGUAAAACUAUCGUCAAAGACGGAUUCAUUGGCAGUAUUGUCAAUUUUGACUCUGAGCUGUUUCCAGACAAGACGAGAAAGACUUUGCAAUCAAACUUCCUCAAUAAUCCUGAGUACAGCUUCGAAAAAAUCAACAAGGCAUCCAAAGCUUGUGGACCUCUCGUCAAGUGGGCAUCCACACACGUUAACUACUCGGACAUGUUGAAGAAAGUCGAUCCAUUGCGUCAAGAACUGAAAUCGCUCAUGAACGAGACCGAGCAAAGUAAAAAAGAGUCAGCGGAUAUGUGA